AUGGCCGUGUCCAAGGCAAUGACUGUUUUGUCCUUAAGCAGCCUCCUUGUGUGUGCAAUAUUUUUGGGUGAAGAAGUAGAGGGCUUGAGGAUUGGCUAUGGCUCUCUGUCAAGAGAUGACAUUCCUGGAUGCAGCUUUAUGCAUCCAGAGAACUGCUACAAAAUGAAGAUAAAUCCAUAUCAAAGGAGUUGUGAGCCUGAAGAACGAUGCCGGAACAGUCUGAGUUAUCGUAAAAAUCCUUGA